UAAAUAAAUACAAACAAAAAUACGCAUUUGAAUACAAAACAGCACAGGAAGUUCGCAAACGAAAGUCACGCAAAAAGAGUCGAAAAGAAAUGUAUAAACAAAUUAAAGUAUAUACAAACGUAUAAAUAAAAGUAAUAUAUUCAACGUGACAACACGACAAAGGAAAUUCAGUGGCACCCCACACCCCCUCCCUGGCUGCUAUAGGCUAUCUUUUAUUGUUGCUGUUUGCGGUUUUCGACCACAACGUGUGGUCUUUGCUGCUGCAUUUGGAAUAACUCUGUCAAGAAACACUUUAAAAACAAUGCAAGUGGAGGCCAGCUACCCAAAAUAUGCCGGACGUGUACCGCCCCUGGAUCUCUCGCAGGUCGGCACAGGCAACGGCUGUCGGGCCGACGAAGAGCUGCAACAGCUCUGGGCAGCAAAUGGCGGCGCCAAUUGCGCGCCCAGUGUCAUGAAGCGAGCCGGCUUGCACCAUCCUUACCAUGUGCUUGGCCUUGGCAGCGACAAAUGCCGCAGCGAUGAUAACAACAACAACAGGAACAGCAACAGCAUUAGUUCAACCAAACUGCAUCCCAUGGGCUCCGAUGGUCUGCCCCUGGACCCGCGCGAUUGGACACGUGCCGAUGUAUGGAAAUGGCUCAUCAAUAUGGCCGUCUCAGAGGGUCUAGAGGUUACCGCCGAGCUGCCCCAAAAGUUUCCCAUGAACGGCAAGGCAUUAUGCCUGAUGAGUCUGGACAUGUAUCUGUGUCGGGUGCCCGUUGGGGGAAAAAUGCUCUAUCGUGAUUUUCGAGUGCGUCUCGCCCGCGCCAUGGCGCUGUUAUCCUAGUGAUUGGCGAUCAUCCUAGCGCCGAUCUGUCCUCGAGUGAAUUUAUCUAGUGUAAUUUAUAUAUGCAUAGGUUGUACAUACUAUAUAUAAUGGCUGCAUAACUGAACAUUAGAAGUAACUAGUUCCUAGUGCUCCUUGACUUUAGUCUAGCUUUAUGCAUUUGUUUUCGAUUAAGUAUGAUGCGAGCCCUUUGGGGUCUGACGCAUUACAACUCUGUCCUAUAGUCGAUUAAGUCAAUUGGAUAAAAAUAUAAAAUAUAAUUUUAUAAAACUG